AUGCCGUCCUCCAUCGACAAGUCAGAAAAGCCUGCAUCAGUCCUUGAAGGCGACCGACAACUGGACGAUUUCACAGACGACGAGCUUCUGGCAUAUGAGAUCGACCCGAAAGAGAAGAAACACCUAGCAAGAAAGCUGGACUGCUUCAUUGCCCCAGUGUUGAUGAUUCUCUACCUCAUCGCGUUCUUGGAUCGCUCGAACAUUGGGAAUGCGGCUGUUGGAGGGAUGACAACUGCUCUAAAUCUACCGCCAGAUGGGCUUUCGGUUGCGACCUCCAUAUUCUAUGCCACAUAUGUCUCCUUCGAAACACCGAUGACAACUUUCUUAAAGUCGUUACGCGCGUCUCGACUCAUACCAGCAGUUGUCAUCCUGUGGGGAGUGACCGUGAUGGCCUCUGCAUGGAUGUCAAACUACGCGGGUCUUAUUGCAACGAGACUCGUGUUGGGGAUGUUGGAGGCUGCUCUCACUCCAUGUCUCUUUCUCUGGAUCACAGCCUUCUAUCAACGAGAUGAACUCGCACGAAGACAAUGUUUCCUUUUCAUCUCUGCGGCGUUAUCCGGGGUUGUGGGGGGCUUGAUUGCCGCUGGACUUUUGAAGAUGAACGGUUUAGGUGGUAUGCAAGGGUGGCAGUGGCUUUACUGUAUAGAAGGGGCAAUAACUAUCGUGAUAGGCUUCAUUACCAUUCCUUUUGUGCCAGACUCGCAUGAGGGAGCAUGGUACCUCACAAAAAGAGAAAAGUUCUUGAUGCGUGUAAGGGAGGUACAAUCUCGAGAAUACAUGGGUGACGCUUCUUUCUCGUUGGGAGAGGUCAAGAAAGCAUUUACAGAUCCGAUCGUCUACCUAUCGGGGUUCGUUCAAAUGGGCCUCGACACUUGCCUUUAUGGCUUCUCCACGUUCCUUGUGGUCAUCAUUAACCAGUUCGGAUACAAUGCUAUCACUUCGCAACUGCUCACUGCCCCAAUAUAUUUCUGGGCGGCGUUCGUUUACUUCGUCGGAGCUCUCAUUUCCGACAGAUACAACAAACGGUUCUGGCUCAUCUUCCCACUGGCGGGCGUAUCUGUUGUUGGUUACGCUGUUUUGGUUGCGGCACAUGGAAAUGUUGGAGUUUCACUCUUUGCUUGCUUCCUCACCGGUACAGGUAUAUAUAUCGGCGUAGGACUUUCGGUAACUUGGAUCUCGGUAAACAUGGCUGGUUACCGAAAGCGCUCAACCGCGAUAGGACUCCAGCAAACAUUGGGUAACAUUGGAGGGAUCAUUGCCGGACAAAUCUAUCGUUCAACGGAUAAACCGUUCUAUCGUCUUGGCCAUGCGAUAUCGCUAGGCGCAAUGGCUCUUGCCAUGAUGGGAAUGAUAGUGGAGGUGAUGGUAUACAAGUCCCGCAACGAUGCGAAAGACAGGAUGACGGAGGAAGAGAAACGACAGCAAGAUAUUGAUGGAGUAACGGGAGACCGACAUCAUUCUUUCAGGCAGGUUUGGUAG